AAAGAAAACUCUCUCUCUCUCUCUCUCUCUAGAGCUUUUUCUAUAAGAUCUCUCUUUCUUUGUACCCAGGCGAAGAAGACGACGAUUGAUUCAAUCUGAUUAUGGAGAGACUACAGCGAAUCUUCGGCGCCGGCGGCGGUUUAGGCCACGCAUCUCCAGAUUCUCCGACUCUCGACACCUCGGAGCAGGUUUACAUCUCCUCUCUGGCCCUCCUCAAGAUGCUCAAACACGGUAGAGCUGGAGUUCCGAUGGAGGUUAUGGGGUUGAUGCUUGGAGAGUUCGUGGAUGAGUACACUGUGAGGGUUGUGGACGUAUUCGCGAUGCCUCAGAGUGGGACUGGUGUUAGUGUUGAAGCUGUUGAUCAUGUUUUCCAGACUAAUAUGCUUGACAUGCUUAAACAGACUGGGAGACCUGAAAUGGUGGUGGGUUGGUAUCAUUCGCAUCCUGGGUUUGGCUGCUGGCUUUCUGGUGUUGAUAUUAACACUCAACAGAGUUUUGAAGCUUUGAACCAGCGAGCUGUAGCUGUGGUGGUUGAUCCGAUUCAGAGUGUGAAGGGCAAAGUGGUGAUUGAUGCCUUCCGCUCGAUUAACCCGCAGACCAUUAUGCUUGGGCAAGAGCCUCGUCAAACAACGUCCAACCUUGGACACUUGAACAAACCAUCGAUCCAGGCCUUGAUUCAUGGAUUGAACAGACACUAUUACUCAAUAGCCAUCAACUACAGGAAGAACGAGCUCGAGGAGAAGAUGUUACUAAACCUCCACAAGAAGAAAUGGACAGAUGGCCUGACGCUAAGACGCUUUGACACUCACUCCAAGACAAACGAACAGACCGUUCAGGAAAUGUUGAGCUUGGCUGCUAAAUAUAACAAGGCGGUACAAGAAGAGGACGAGUUGUCACCAGAGAAACUGGCGAUCGUGAAUGUGGGAAGACAAGACGCAAAGAAGCAUCUGGAAGAACAUGUUUCCAACUUGAUGUCUUCCAACAUUGUUCAGACACUAGGCACCAUGCUUGACACUGUUGUCUUCUAGAGAACUUCACUUUUCCAGUCAGCUUUGUUCUUCUGCAUCUCUUUGUUUUCUUUCUGUUGAAUCUUCUCUUUAUGUCCUAUCUCCUAGCACUUGAUAAGGUUGUAUUGUACUAUCUGGUUUCCUUCUUUCCAUGAAGGCUAUGGAUUGAUUUUACUUCAUUCAAAACUAAA